AUGGCGUUCUCCCAGUCUCACAUCAUGGCAGCUCGGAGGCACCAGCACAGCCGCCUCAUCAUCGAGGUGGACGAGUACAGCUCGAACCCCACGCAGGCCUUCACCUUCUACAACAUUAACCAGGGCCGCUUCCAGCCCCCGCACGUGCAGAUGGUGGAUCCGGUGCCCCACGAUGCCCCCAAGCCUCCGGGAUACACCCGCUUCGUGUGUGUGUCGGACACCCACUCCAGGACGGACCCCAUCCAGAUGCCCUACGGAGACGUUCUCAUCCACGCUGGGGACUUCACCGAGCUGGGGCUCCCCAGCGAAGUCAAGAAGUUCAACGAGUGGCUCGGAAGCCUGCCUUAUGAGUACAAGAUCGUGAUCGCUGGGAACCACGAGUUGACCUUCGACCAGGAGUUCAUGGCCGACUUGAUCAAACAGGACUUUUACUAUUUCCCUUCGGUGUCAAAGCUGAAGCCAGAGAAUUAUGAGAAUGUGCAGUCCCUCUUGACCAACUGCAUCUACCUCCAGGACUCGGAGGUGACCGUGCGAGGAUUCCGGAUAUAUGGCUCCCCAUGGCAACCUUGGUUCUAUGGCUGGGGCUUCAACCUCCCCCGAGGCCAAGCACUGCUAGAGAAAUGGAAUCUGAUCCCGGAAGGAAUAGAUAUUCUUAUAACACAUGGACCACCCCUGGGUUUUCUCGAUUGGGUCCCCAAGAAGAUGCAGCGGGUGGGCUGUGUGGAGCUGCUGAACACGGUGCAGAGGCGAAUCCAGCCCCGACUCCAUGUCUUUGGACACAUCCAUGAAGGCUACGGAGUCAUGGCGGACGGGACCACCACGUACGUGAACGCGUCUGUGUGCACUGUGAACUACCAGCCCGUGAACCCCCCCAUAGUCAUCGACUUACCGACCCCCCGAAACUCCUGAUCCCCCCGGGCCGGGCCGGGCCGCCUCCCCCCGCGGGAGCUCCGGCCGCGCUCCAUCCCCUGCGUGUCCGUCCUAUUUAAUGUGUUAAAGGCCGCCC